AUGCCCACACCCGUAUCCAGCCCCCUUCACAAGCCAGGCGCAGACCACGACCUCAACUGGAAGAGCAAGUUACUCAUUGCGGCAGAAGGGGUGGGCUGGCUAUCUUUCUUCAGACCUGAUCUGUUGACUGACGCCUUUGGCGAUUUCUACGAAGUUCGCCUCCAAGCAAACCCCCACCAUGUCUCUACACCACACAAAUACAGACACACUCCGACAAACUGGAGAAGUGAAGGGCAUGUUACACGUUGUUCGUUACGACAUUACUACAAGAUGAAGGGCAUGUUACAGAAGAGGCCCAAGAAACAAAUGGCAGCAGAUCGGGGGGGCAAAGAAUUACACGUCUAA